AUGAAUAAUUGUCAACAAUUUGCAGUCAUUGUAGGUUUGGCACCAGAAAGAUCAGAGUCUGAUGCGCGUCAAUACGAUAACAAAAUGACUGAAUUACUUUCAGCUGAUGGGCAAGAUUUCUUUACAUCAUAUGAUGAGGCUCAUGAAAGUUUUGAUGCUAUGGGUUUGCAAGAGAAUCUUCAAAGGGGCAUAUAUGCAUACGGAUUUGAAAAACCCUCGGUGAUUCAGCAAAGAGGAAUAGUUCCUUUCUGCAAGGGUCUUGAUGUGAUUCAACAAACACAGUCUGGAACCGGGAAGACCGCAAUUUUCUGCUCUGGUAUCCUUCAACAGCUUGACUAUGGAUUGGUUGAGUGCCAAGCCUUGGUAUUGGCACCUACUUGUGAGCUCGCACAACAAAUUGAGAAGGUUAUGCGUGCACUUGGCGACUACCUUGGUGUGAAGGUACAUGCUUGUGUGGGUGGAACUAGUGUUCGUGAGGACCAGCGCAUUCUGUCGAUUGGGGUACAUGUUGUUGUUGGAACUCCUGGGCGUGUAUUUGACAUGUUGAGAAGACAGUCUCUUCGUCUUGAUUGCAUUAGGAUGUUUGUAUUGGAUGAGGCGCUUUCACGAGGUUUUAAGGAUCAGGUUUGGGUUUUCUCUGCCACAAUGCCUCCUGAGGCCCUUGAGAUCACCAGGAAGUUCAUGGACAAACCGGUGAGGAUCCUUGUGAAGCGCGUUGAGCUCACCCUAGAAGGUAUAAAGCAGUUUUGUGUCAAUGUUGAUAAGGAAGAAUGGAAGCUUGAGAGUCUCUGUGAUCUUUAUGAAACCUUAGCCAUCACCCAGAGUGUUAUCUUUGUGAACACGCGACGCAAGGUCGACUGCCUGACAGAUAAAAUGCGCAGCCGAGACCACAUAGUAUCAGCCACCCAUGGAGACAUGGACCAGAACAACAGAGAUAUCGUCAUGCGUGAAUUCCGUUCUGGGUCCUCUCGUGUUGUCAUAACCACCGACCUUUUUGCCCGAGGCAUUGAUGUCCAGCAAGUCUCUCUCGUGAUAAACUAUGAUCUUCCUACCCAACCCGAGAACUAUCUCCACCGUAUUGGACGUAGUGGACGAUGA